CUGGGAAGGAGGGGAUGAGAAUCAAGCGCAGAUCUGCGCUGCGUGAAGAUCAGUGGAAAGUAUGUGCGGUUCAAUGAAAUAGGCUACAGCUACUGAAGACUGGACAAAAACGGGCUUCUAUGGUACAGUGCUGGUGCGCAAUGGGCCGGUUUGUGGUUUGUUAAGUGCAGUGCAAUUCUUUUUAAGACCGCAUCAUUCUCUGCCAGGUUCCUUCGAGAGCGGCUGGAAUUUCAGACUGAGGAGUUGGUGAAACACGGAGAGGAGAAACGUCUGUUUGGAGUCUGCUGCCCUCUCUCCCCCACCCUGCUGUGCCCCAAGGCCGGGUCUGGACCACACAUCCCCUGACGGUGGGCAGCCGAGAACCGAAUCAAGCGUACCUUCACCCUCGCGCUCAGUCCGCAGAUACGGCUACAGAGUGCGGCAGUCAUGACGGACACGGUGAUGGGCGGCAGCUCCGAGCGCUGGGCGGCCAGCGACAGGCAGACAAGCAUGCACGCCAAGGGCAACUGGACCACGCAGCCAGGCCCUGGUCCAGGUCCAGACCUGACAGAUGAGGAGAAGGAGAUCAUCAACAAUGUGAUCGCCCGGGCUGAGAAGAUGGAGACCAUGGAGCAGGAGAGGAUUGGGCGCCUGGUGAACCGUCUGGACGACAUGAAGAAGACUGUGUGUGGUGACGGGGUGUCCCGCUGCCUGCUGUGUGGAGAGCAGCUGGGCCAGCCGGGGGUCAGCUCAGUGGUGUGUGAGGACUGCAAAAAGCACAUGUGUACUAAGUGUGGGGUGCAGAGCGCGGGCCGCCCUCGCUCCGUGUGGCUCUGCAAGAUCUGCAGUGAACAGCGUGAGGUGUGGAAACGCUCUGGUGCCUGGUUCUUCAAAGGCUUCCCCAAGCAGUUCCUGCCCUCACCCAUGCCCAUAUCCAAGUCCAGAGAAGCGAGUGCCCAGCAGGCAGCAGGCGCCCAGACCCCACCGGUCCCUAAGCCCCAGGCCCAGGCCCAGGUCCAGCCCCAGGCCCACGCCACAGGACCGGAGCCCCAGAGCCGUGCUGGGUACCCACCUGUGGCCGUCAAACCAGCCCAGGUGAGCAUGGCGCCGGGCGGGGCCGGGUCCAACGAGGGCGGGGCUCAGAGCAGCCCAGCGGUGCUGAAGAAGACGAUGCCGGUUCAAAGCUCCAGACCUCAGGCCGUGGCGCCGGCCGGACCCGCCCAGAACGAGGCAGAGGCAAGAGGAUACUCCACCGCCGCUGCUCCAGCAGAGCAGAGGGCACCCCCUGCAGCCCGGGAGGAGAGGAGGCAGCCUGCGGUUCAAAACCCCCCUGCGGCCCGGCAGCAGCCCCCUGCAGGGGAGGAGGAGGACGAGGCCAACAGCUACGACUCGGACGAGACCACCACGCUGGGAGCAUUGGAGUUCAGCCUGCUUUACGAACAAGAGAACAACAGCCUCCACUGCAGCAUCCUCAGAGGAAAGGGACUGAAGCCGAUGGACUCGAACGGGCUGGCUGACCCUUACGUCAAGCUGCAUUUGCUGCCAGGGGCCAGCAAGUCUAACAAGCUACGCACCAAGACUCUGAGAAACACCCGCAACCCGGCGUGGAACGAGACCCUAGUCUACCACGGGCUCACGGAUGAGGACAUGCAGCGCAAAACUCUCAGGCUCUCCGUGUGUGACGAGGACAAGUUUGGACACAACGAGUUCAUCGGAGAAACCAGAGUGGCUCUGAAGAAACUGAAGAUGAACCAGAAGAAGAACUUCAGCGUUUGUCUGGAGAGAGUGGUUCCUACGAAGAAGACUGCAAGCGCAGGGGCGGCGAGAGGUAUCUCACUGUACGAGGAUGAGCCUGGGAAGGACGGUGCGGAGGCUGAGGAGCGCGGCCGUGUCCUGAUCUCCCUCAUGUACAGCACCCAGCAGAGCCGCCUGCUGGUAGGGGUGGUGCGCUGCGUCCACCUGGCUGCCAUGGACGCCAACGGCUACUCCGACCCGUUCGUCAAAAUAUGCCUGAGACCUGAUAUGGGGAAGAAGGCCAAGAACAAGACUCAGAUCAAGAAGAAGACAUUAAACCCGGAGUUCAACGAGGAGUUCGGUUAUGACAUCAAACACGGCGAGCUGGCCAAGAAGACUCUAGAUAUCUCUGUGUGGGACUAUGACAUGGGGAAGUCCAAUGAUUACAUUGGAGGUUGUCAGCUGGGCAUCACCGCUAAGGGAGAGAGGCUGAAGCACUGGUACGAGUGCCUGAAGAACAAGGACAAAAAGAUCGAGCGCUGGCACACCCUGCUGAACGAGAACCACGUCUCCAGCGACUAAUCUCCCCAAGCGAGCCUUCUUACCUUUUAGUUCUGCUCCUCUCCCAACCCAACCGUCCCCCCCUGUCGAAGGGUCCUGUCUGUGCCGUGGCUGAACACGCACCCCAUUCCAAUAUUCCUCCCUUGCGAUGCCUGGUUUACCAUUCCUAUCUUCUUCCCUUAACUGAGACUCACUGUGGCUGCCCUUGGGAGUCCAUGGCAGGCAAGACAUCAAACACUUUAGAUCACUGCUUCAAAGAUCACUCCCUGUAGGCACUUGUCAAUGUAAGCUCAAAUCUGUUGAAGGCAAAAAAACCACAAAAAAACAAAAAGA